CACGUCCCAACUCGGGAGCGCCGCCGAUCGGUCGCCAGGAUUUUCCCUUCUCGGCCAAAAUGGAGGAGGAGGUCUCUCGCUUAAUGAAGGGAGUACAGAUUGUAUGACCGGAUCUGCUUCAAUGAAAGGCUUUAGGGUUCGUUUUGCUGAUCAAUAAUUAUUGCAACAAUAAAACCCUUUGAGGAUAUCUAUCGCUAUUUCUGCACAAGCGACCACAGCCAUGAGCGCAGGAGAGGGACUGGAUGAGGCUGCGAAGGACGCGGCAGACAUAGCGGCGUUUUUCAAAUCCGAUUGCUCUCUUCCAAAAUGUGAAUCCAAACUGGAUGGCCCAGGACAAACCUCAGGGUUUCAUCGCAAUGAGGAUAUGAAGGCCAUUGAUGUACUUCCCAUCCUCAAGGAGAAGGUUGCCUUUCUCUCAGGUGGCAGAGACAGACGUGGAGGUCCUGUUCUCACUUUUCCAGCACGGAGCAACCAUGACAGAAUACGACCUGAAGACCUGCGCAGACUCAUAGCCUACCUGGCUACUAUUCCCAGCGAGGAGGUGGCCAGACAUGGCUUCACAGUCAUUGUGGACAUGCGUGGUUCUAAAUGGGACAGCAUCAAGCCUCUGCUGAAGAUCCUUCAGGAGUCUUUCCCGUCUUGUAUCCACGUCGCCCUUAUCAUCAAGCCAGACAACUUCUGGCAGAAGCAGAGGACCAACUUUGGCAGCUCCAAGUUUGAAUUUGAGACGGUGAUGGUUUCCUUGGAGGGUUUAUCCAAGAUUGUGGACCCAUCCCAGCUGACAGCUGAUUUUGAGGGCAGCUUAGAGUACAACCAUGAUGACUGGAUUGAGGUGCGGCUGUCAUUUGAGACCUUUGCCAGCGAUGCUGCAAGGGCACUGGCACGCCUUGAGGAUCUCCAGGACACCUUGUCCCAGCGUGAUCUCCCACGGGACCUGGAGGGGGCCCGAAGGCUCAUGGAAGAACAUGCAGCGCUUAAGAAAAGGGCCACUAAAGCAUCUGUGGAGGAGCUGGACACACAGGGACGCAGGCUACUACAAAGGCUACAGUCACAAACUGCAGGAAGUGGAAGUAGCAGUGAAAGUGGUUAUGGUAACCGCUCUGGUGGAGCUAGUGGAGAUUCCAACGACCAUCAUCACGGGUUCCAUACGCAUGCAGACGCACACAACCUAGUAGCUAAAGUAACAGGUUUGUUGGAUAAGCUGCAUGGGACUCGACAAAAUCUGCAGCAGCUGUGGCACAUGAGGAAGCUGAAGCUGGACCAGUGUUUCCAGCUGCGUCUGUUCGAACAGGACGCAGAGAAGAUGUUCGACUGGAUCAUGCACAACAAGGGGCUUUUUCUCACCAGUUACACAGAGAUCGGAGGGAACCACCAGCAUGCCGUUGAGCUGCAGACCCAGCACAACCACUUUGCUAUGAACUGCAUGAAUGUGUAUGUAAACAUCAAUCGGAUCAUGUCGGUAGGGAACCGGCUCCUGGAGUCAGGCCACUAUGCCUCCCAACAGAUCCAGCAGAUCUCUGGUCAGCUGGAGCAGGAGUGGAAAGCUUUCGCUGCAGCACUGGACGAACGCAGCACCCUGCUGGAGAUGUCUGCCAGCUUCCACCAGAAAGCAGACCAGUACAUGAGUAAAGUGGAGCCGUGGUGUAAGGCAUGUGGUGAAGGAGAGCUGCCCUCUGAACUCCAGGAUCUGGAGGACACAAUCCACCAUCACCAGGGACUAUAUGAGCACAUCACCACUGCAUACUCUGAGGUAAGCCAGGAUGGGAAGUCUCUUUUGGACAAACUGCAGCGACCUUUGACCCCAGGAAGUGCUGAUUCAUUGAUGGCAUCAGCUAACUACUCCAAGGCUGUGCACCAUGUCCUAGACAUCAUCCAUGAGGUGCUGCAUCACCAGAGGCAGCUGGAAAACAUCUGGCAGCAUCGCAAAGUUCGCCUGCACCAACGGCUGCAGCUGUGUGUCUUUCAGCAGGAUGUACAGCAGGUGCUGGACUGGAUAGAAAACCAUGGCGAGGCCUUCCUCAGUAAACACACUGGUGUUGGGAAGUCUUUGCACAGAGCCAGGGCUCUGCAGAAGAGACAUGAAGACUUCGAAGAGGUUGCGCAGAACACCUACACUAAUGCUGACAAGUUGCUAGAAGCAGCAGAACAGCUGGCCCAGACCGGAGAGUGUGACCCUGAGGAAAUUUACCAGGCUGCCCACCAGCUAGAAGAUCGCAUCCAGGACUUUGUGCGACGUGUCGAGCAGCGUAAAGUCCUGCUAGACAUGUCUGUUGCCUUCCACACACAUGUCAAAGAGCUGUGGACGUGGUUGGAGGAGCUUCAGAAGGAACUGCUGGAUGAUGUUUAUGCAGAGUCAGUGGAAGCAGUGCAAGACCUGAUCAAGCGUUUUGGCCAGCAGCAACAGACCACUUUGCAAGCAACUGUCAAUGUCAUCAAGGAGGGAGAGGAUCUCAUACAGCAGCUCAGAGACUCGGCCAUCUCAAGCAACAAGACGCCCCACAACAGCUCCAUGGCCCACAUCGAGAGCGUGCUGCAGCAGUUGGACGAGGCCCAGGGCCAGAUGGAGGAGCUGUUCCAGGAAAGGAAGAUCAAACUGGAGCUCUUCCUCCAGCUCCGCAUCUUUGAGAGGGACGCCAUCGACAUUAUCUCAGACCUGGAGUCAUGGAACGAGGAACUUUCCCAACAGAUGAGUGAAUUUGACACAGAGGACCUGACACUGGCUGAGCAGAGGCUACAGCAUCAUGCAGACAAGGCACUUACUAUGAACAACCUCACUUUUGACGUCAUCCAUCAGGGACAAGAGUUGCUGCAGUAUGUCACAGAGGUCCAGGCGUCUGGUGUGGAGCUGUUAUGCGACAGAGAUGUGGACAUGGCCACACGGGUUCAGGACCUGCUGGAGUUUCUCCACGAGAAGCAGCAGGAGUUGGACCUGGCAGCAGAGCAGCACAGGAGACAUCUGGAGCAGUGUGUCCAACUGAGGCAUCUACAGGCUGAAGUCAAACAGGUGCUGGGUUGGAUCCGUAAUGGCGAGUCCAUGCUAAACGCUGGUCUGAUCACAGCCAGUUCAUUACAAGAAGCCGAACAGCUGCAGAAGGAACAUGAACAAUUCCAACAUGCAAUAGAGAAAACCCAUCAGAGUGCGUUGCAGGUACAGCAGAAGGCUGAGGCCUUACUCCAGGCAAACCACUACGACAUGGAUAUGAUCAGAGACUGUGCAGAAAAGGUGGCAGACCACUGGCAGCAGCUGAUGCUGAAGAUGGAGGACAGACUUAAGCUGGUUAAUGCUUCUGUGGCCUUCUACAAGACUUCUGAACAGGUAUGCAGUGUGUUAGAAAGCCUGGAGCAGGAGUAUAAGAGAGAAGAAGACUGGUGUGGUGGUGCUGAUAAACUGGGUCCGAACAGUGAGUCAGACCAUGUCACUCCCAUGAUCAGCAAACAUCUUGAGCAAAAAGAGGCCUUCCUCAAGGCCUGUACGUUAGCCAGGCGUAAUGCCGACGUCUUCUUGAAGUACCUGCACAGGAACAGUGUCAACAUGCCUGGCAUGUUGUCCCAUGUCAAAGCUCCAGAGACUCAGGUUAAGAAUAUUUUGAAUGAGUUGCUGCAGAGAGAGAACAGAGUGCUCCACUUCUGGACCAUGAGGAAGCGAAGGCUGGACCAGUGCCAGCAAUAUGUUGUGUUUGAACGCAGCGCCAAACAGGCCCUGGAGUGGAUCCAUGACACUGGGGAGUUUUACCUGUCCACACACACAUCCACUGGCUCCAGCAUUCAUCACACACAGGAGCUACUAAAAGAGCACGAAGACUUCCAGAUCACAGCAAAGCAAACCAAAGAGCGGGUAAAGCUGUUGAUCCAGCUGGCGGAUGGGUUUUGUGACAAGGGCCACGCCCAUGCCCUGGAGAUAAAGAAAUGGGUGUCCUCGGUGGACAAGCGCUACAGGGACUUCUCUCUCCGCAUGGACAAAUACCGAACCUGCCUGGAAACGGCGCUCGGCAUUUCUUCCGAUUCCAACAAGGCCAGUAAAGAGCUGCAACUGGACAUCAUCCCGGCCAGUGCUCCAGGGUCAGAGGUCAAGUUGAGGGAUGCUGCCCAUGAACUCAACGAGGAGAAGAGGAAGUCAGCACGAAGGAAAGAGUUCAUAAUGGCUGAGCUGAUUCAAACAGAGAAAGCCUAUGUCAGAGACUUAAGGGAGUGUAUGGAUACGUACCUAUGGGAGAUGACCAGCGGUGUGGAGGAGAUUCCUCCUGGUAUUGUCAACAAGGAACACAUCAUCUUUGGAAACAUGCAGGACCUCUACGAGUUUCAUCACAAUAUCUUCCUGAAGGAGUUGGAGAAGUAUGAGCAGCUUCCAGAAGAUGUCGGCCAUUGUUUUGUGACUUGGGCUGAUAAGUUCCAGAUGUAUGUAAACUACUGUAAGAACAAGCCUGACUCCACCCAGCUCAUCCUGGAACAUGCUGGACCCUACUUUGAUGAAAUCCAGCAAAGACAUCGCCUUGCCAACUCCAUCUCUUCUUACCUGAUCAAACCAGUCCAGAGAAUCACUAAAUACCAGCUCCUUCUCAAGGAGUUGUUGACAUGCUGUGAGGAGGGUAAAGGUGAGAUUAAGGAUGGUCUUGAAGUGAUGCUCAGUGUCCCCAAGAGAGCCAAUGAUGCCAUGCAUCUCUCUAUGCUGGAUGGGUUUGAUGGGAACAUUGACUCCCAGGGAGAGUUGACACUCCAGGAGUCCUUCCAGGUCUGGGAUCCCAAGACUCUGAUCCGGAAGGGUCGAGACCGGCACCUCUUCCUCUUUGAGAUGUCCCUGGUCUUCAGCAAAGAAGUAAAAGACUCCAACGGGCGCAGCAAGUACCUGUACAAGAGCAAGCUCUUUACAUCAGAGCUUGGAGUGACAGAACAUGUGGAGGGAGAUCCUUGUAAGUUUGCCCUGUGGGUGGGCAGGACCCCAACCUCGGACAACAAGAUCGUCCUCAAGGCUUCAAGUAUUGAGAACAAGCAGGACUGGAUCAAACACAUUCGGGAGGUCAUCCAGGAACGAACUGUGCACUUGCGUGGAGCUCUGAAGGAGCCCAUCCACAUCCCUAAAGCUACUACAACUAAACAUAAAGGCAGACGGGAUGGAGAAGAGCUGGACAGCCAGGGAGAUGCCAGCAGCCAACCGGAUACCAUCUCCAUCGCCUCACGCACAUCCCAGAACACACUGGACAGUGAUAAGCUGUCCGGUGGCUGCGAGUUGACAGUGGUGAUCCAUGACUUCAUGGCCAGUAAUGGUAGCAGCAGUGGGGAGCUGACAGUACGCAGAGGCCAGACCGUGGAGGUUCUGGAGCGACUCCAUGACAAGCCAGACUGGUGCCUGGUGCGGACCACAGACCGCUCUCCAGCCCAGGAGGGCAUAGUACCGUGCUCCAUGCUCUGCAUUGCUCACUCCAGGUCCUCCAUGGAGAUGGAGGGUCUCUUCAACCACAAAGACACCUUGUCUGUAUCCAGUAACGAUGCCCUCCAACCAGGCUCCAGCCAAACCCUGGGUCCUCACAGCUCACCAGGCCCCAAACGUCCAGGGAACACCUUAAGGAAGUGGCUGACCAGCCCUGUACGGCGGCUCAGCUCCGGCAAAGCAGAUGGCCACGUCAAGAAGCUCGCCCACAAACACAAGAAGAACCGUGACGGCACAAGGAAGAACAUGGACACAAUGCACGGCUCACAGAAGGACUCUGACGACAGUGCAGCCACGCCACAGGACGAGACACUGGAGGAACGUAUGCGUAAUGAGGGGCUGAGCAGUGGUACCCUGUCUAAGUCUUCCUCAUCAGGCAUGCAGAGCUGCGGUGAGGAGGAAGGAGAGGAGGGGGCUGAUGCUGUCCCUCUACCUCCCCCUAUGGCCAUCCAGCAGCACAGCCUGCUACAGCCUGACUCCCAAGACGACAAGUCUGCGUCUCGUCUGUCCGCUCGUCCGAACAGUUCAGAGACACCCAGUGCUGCUGAACUGGUCAGUGCCAUCGAAGAGCUGGUGAAGAGCAAGAUGUCACUGGAGGAUCGCCCCAGUUCUCUGUCAGUAGAGCAGGGCGACAGCAGCUCUCCCUCCCUCAACCCCUCCGACAACUCCCUCCUCUCCUCCUCUUCGCCCAUCGAUGAGGUGGAUGAGCGCAAGUCUGGCUUCUUCAAGAGAAGACAUUAUGUGCUUCUGGAGCUGGUGGAGACUGAGAGGGACUAUGUCAGAGAUCUUGGAUCAGUGGUGGAGGGUUACAUGAGCAGAAUGAAAGAGGAAGGAGUUCCAGAUGACAUGAGAGGAAAAGACAAGAUUGUUUUUGGAAACAUACAUCAGAUCUAUGACUGGCACAAAGAUUUUUUCCUGGGAGAGCUGGAGAAGUGUUUGGAGGAUCCUGACAGGCUGGCUCCUUUAUUUGUCAAACAGGAGCGGAGGCUACACAUUUACAUCGUGUACUGCCAGAACAAACCUAAAUCUGAGCACAUUGUAUCAGAGUACAUUGACACUUACUUUGAGGACCUAAAGCAGCGAUUGGGCCACAGAUUGCAGAUCACUGACCUGCUAAUCAAACCUGUCCAACGUAUAAUGAAAUACCAGUUACUACUGAAGGAUCUUUUCAAAAUUUCUAAGAAGGCAGGAGUGGAUACGACAGAGCUGGAGAAAGCUGUGGAGGUGAUGUGUGUGGUCCCCAAGCGCUGCAAUGACAUGAUGAAUGUUGGUCGCCUUCAAGGCUUCGAAGGUAAAAUUGUGGCGCAGGGCAGAUUGCUCCUCCAAGACACCUUCAUGGUAUCAGACCAGGAUGGAGGACUUCUGUCCAGGAUGAAGGAGAGGAGAGUCUUCUUGUUUGAACAGAUUGUCAUCUUCAGUGAACCCCUGGACAAAAAGAAGGGCUUCUCCACUCCUGGCUACCUUUUCAAAAACAGCAUCAAGGUGAGCUGGUUGGGUUUAGAAGAAAAUGCUGAUGACCCCUGCAAGUUCACACUCACCUCCAGAUCAUCUAGUGGCAACCUGGAGAGGUACACACUCCAUUCCACAAGCCCUGGAGUCAGUCAAGUCUGGGUCCACCAGGUCAGCCAGAUACUGGAGAAUCAGCGCAAUUUCCUCAAUGCUCUGACAUCCCCCAUAGAGUACCAGAGGAACCAUGUGGGAGGUGGCGGGCCAGGCGGUCCACCAAGCAGUAGCAGCAGUAGUACUGGAGGACUGCCAGGAGGCAGCAGCUCCAACAGUACCUCCAACAUGGGAGGGGGAGGUGGCGGCGGCGGUGGUGGCUCUGGAGGAUCAGGGAGCAGCUCCUCCUCUCUCUGCGGCCCUCGCUCCCGACCGUCCCGCAUUCCACAGCCGUCAUCACGACUCCCCCAGCCUGUCCACCACCACCACCCCCCGGGCCCUGAGGGGCCCGACAGAUCAGCAGGUAUGUGGUCACCCUGCCACCCUCAGUCCCUCCCCUCGAACCCCUACUCAGACAGUCCCUCAAAUGGAGAGCUGUUAGCCACAGAGGUCCCUAAGAUGAGGAGGCUGGAUAGUCCUCAUGGGAGUAACAGUAAUAACAGUAACAGGACAUCAGACAGCAUGGAGGGCAGUGUCAGACUAGGUCUGGGGAGCUAUGAAGAAACUCAGAAAUAUCAAACAGCUGGUAUACCACAGAUGGCUGUGGCGCCUCUGAAUUUGCCUCUAAAAAGCCCUCGAGUUGGGACAGUUUCUCCUCUGAUUUCACCUCAGUCCCCUGGAGUAGGAGGUGGAGGAGGAGUAGGAAAGGAAGCAUUUGUCCCCUCUAGCCCAGCUCAUAAGGGCAACUCUUUCUGGGCUAUGGUCCCUGCUAUGCCUCCCUCUCCCGCCAGCCGGCCUGGUUCCUUCUCCUACCCCAGUGACAGUGGUGGUGGAGGGGACUCUUUGGGCAGAGGAAGCCACGGGACGCCCUCUCAUCACCGUCACUCCACCCACAGUAAGGACAUAGACCGCAUGAGCACCUGCUCCUCCACCAGCGAGCAGUCCAUACACUCCACCCAGAGCAACGGGAGUGAAAGCAGUAGCAGCAGCAGUGUGUCCACCAUGUUGGUGACCCAGGACUAUGUGGCAGUGAAGGAGGAUGAGAUCAGUGUGGUGCAGGGUGAGGUGGUCCAAAUGCUAGCCAGCAACCAGCAAAACAUGUUCCUGGUGUACCGUGCGGCCAAUGAGCACUGCCCUGCCGCUGAGGGCUGGAUCCCUGGCUAUGUAUUAGGACAUACCUCAUCCUCCAUCACACCCGACCUCCCCGAAGGAACCAUCAAAAAAUCAUUAUCAUGGCACACAGCGCUCCGUAUCCGCCGAAAGUCUGAGAAAAGAGAUAAGGAUGGCAGGAAGAUGGAGAACGGCUACCGCAAGUCUCAGGACAGCCUGGCCAACAAAGUGUCCAUCAAGGUAGAGAGUAUGAAGAUAACUCGUAUAAACUUCAAAAUGAAUUUGCUCUUUGUCCUCACUUUACAUUCUAAUUCUGUCCUUACAUUUUCAUUACAGCUUCUAAAUCCCAACUUCAUCCAUGAUGCUCCUCCAGAGUUCCUCAUCCCUGUCAGCGAUGUAGCAUGUGAGAGUGGCGACAGUGUUACUCUGAGGUGUAAAGUGUGUGGACGGCCCCGGGCCACCGUCACCUGGCAGGGACCCGACAACAGCACUCUGAGCAACAACGCACACUACAGCAUCACUUACAGUGAGACAGAGGAGGCAGCUCUUCGUAUCCUGGGGGUGUCUGUAGAAGACAGUGGCAUGUACACCUGUGUUGCCACAAAUGUAGCAGGCUCUGUCACCUCCUCCGCCAGCCUCAGAGUCUCAGGAACCCCUGAUGAUGGCAGUGGAGUCCUCUGGAAAAGCAGCUUUGAGUCCCACUACACAGAGAUUACUGAACUAGGAAGGGGGCGGUUCUCAGUGACAAAGCGCUGUGACCAGAGAGGAAGUAAACGGACAGUUGCGGCAAAACACGUUAACAAGAAGCUGCUGCGUCGAGAACAGGUUCUGCAGGAGAUCACACUCCUACAGACUCUGGACCAUCCCAACCUGGUCAAGCUGCUGGACAUGUAUGAGACAGCCAACAGCUACGUACUUGUACUAGAGAUGGCAGACCAGGGACGUUUCCUGGACUAUAUAGUGAGCUGGGGCAACCUGACAGAGGAGAAGGUGGCUCUGUACCUCAGAGAUAUUCUUGAAGCUCUCCACUACCUGCACAGCUGGAGGAUAGCACACCUUGAUAUCAAACCAGAGAACAUCGUGGUGGAACAUGCGUCUUCCCAGCCAGUGAUCAAGCUGACAGACUUUGGUGACGCCAUUCAGCUGAACCCUCCCUCCUCCUACAUCCAUCCUCUCCUGGGUAGCCCAGAGUUCUCAGCUCCUGAGCUUGUCCUGGGUCAGCCUGCCUCACUGAUGUCUGACCUCUGGAGCUUAGGGGUGGUGACGUAUGUUGUACUAAGUGGCGCCUCUCCCUUCCUGGAUGAGAGUUUGGAGGAGACGUGUUUGAACAUCUGUCGCCUAGACUUCAGCUUCCCAGAGGACUACUUCCAGGGUGUGAGCCCAGCUGCAAGGGACUUUGUCUGUCUGCUGCUCCAGGGCGAGCCGGAGCGACGGCCCUCUGCGGCGUCCUGCCUGCAGGAGCCCUGGCUCCAGCCUCAAGGUGUGAUAAACAUAGACACUGGACAUGCCACCUUAAGUUAUACACAGCCACCAGCGCUGCCACCAUCUCAGAACCGUCACACCUCACAUCUGGACACCUCAAGACUCAUUUCCUUCAUCGAGAGACGCAAACACCAGAACGACGUUCGGCCCAUUGGCACCAUUAAGGCCUUUCUUCACAGCCGCCUGCUCAACCACAUCUAACAAACAGGUCACCAGGUAGAUGUGACAACGUGCACACCGUAGACACAGAAGAGGAAUUCCUACCUGUCCAGAUUACUAAGGAGGAUGAGUAACACGUUUUUUCGUUUGUUCAGUUGAGCUGUGUUAAAACCCUACCGAGAGGACCACCAGCAACAUUUCCACAAUGAUCACCUUUUCCCUCACUAAGCCACAAAAGUCCUGCUGCUGCUGACUGACUGACCUCUGCUGAUAAACCCUUUGACUCUCCCCCACCUCCCAUAACCUUGGCAUAUUGUCAUUAUGCCUGCACAACAAAUGAACUGUUGGAAUCUGUUUAAGGUUUCAAACUUUGACUUAGCAGGGAGAAAACCAAGCUUUCUCAAUAAGCCAGCGUGAGCAAGUCUUGCGUUUCGGACAGUGUUAAACAGAGAAAAUAGAAUACUGUAUAAUAAGAGUAAUUCAGGCUGCUUUCAGUUGAACACAAGAAAAAGUUUUUUGUAACAAGAGAUUACUUUUUGUAAAUGAAACCAUGUACAGUGAGGAAACAGAGAACUGUCUUUAUUCAUAACUUUUGGAAAACAAAGAUGAGUUAGUAAGUAGAAAGAAAAUAAGAGAACUGAGAAUUGUGAAGGAAGUGGCACCCAUCAGCAGGGCCCACUUAUUCGACAACAAGAUGAAGACCAAAACCAUGUUUUCCAGAAACACGUUGUAGUUACAUUCAGUGCAAUAGUUUGCUUAUCUUUAUGCCCCCGUUCAGUUUGAAAGGUGAAAUCAUUUCAGUUUGUGACACUAAGAGAAACUAAAUUAACUCGAACAAGCUAUUCGGCAAAGCUUCUCAGAUUUCUACCUGCAUCCGCCUUAUUUGUAAAUAACGUAUUCCUGCCUUUCAUUCUCAUUUCGAAGAAUUUGUCUCAAAUAAACAAAAGCUAUUUCAUUUGCCGAGUAUUAGUGAGUCCAUGCAGUCACUCUCUGCGGACCCUCAACAGCUGGAUUUCACUAUGAACAAACUGCUACUAGAAAUGCACUCGUAUUUUGCAUCAAUUCCCAUGUGCAAUGUUGCAGCUUUAACAUUUAUGCAACUAUUUAUGAAACCUUGUGUUGUAGCCGUAUUCCUAAAAAGGCAUGUACGUACCUGGUACUGCGAUAGAUGUCUGUAUUGUGUUAAUUCUUAUGUAUUAAGUUCAGUAUUAAUAUCUGCAAAAUCCCCUAGACAAGAGGAGGGUUUUUGGAAAUAAUGUAUAAAAAAUGUGUAUCUAUAAAAUAUAGGCACUUAUGCUUUCAGUUUGUCGUUAUGUUUUUAUUUUCUGUAACAAUACCAAAGUUGACUAUGCUUUUCUUUUCCUGCUAAAAUGUGUUUUUUAUGAUUUCUCAUGUUAAGUUAUAACAGACCACACUGAACCCAGACAUAUGAGUGUUUACAAAGGUUCAGUCUGGCUUUAUUUAUUCUUAUUGUAAUAAGAAAUAGUUUGGUGGUUUAUUGCUGAAAAAAAACUAAUAUUUCACUUGUCUUUUUUCAAGCUGUGCACAAAGUGGUUUGCGGUGUGAGUUUGUUUGGCUUUUGUAGAUACUUGUGUAUGUUGCUAGGUUUUUAGCAUCUCGGUUUGAUGUCAUAAGACAGACUCGGUUGACGUUUUUACAAAGCAAUAGGUCCUGGAAAUCUGUCUAAUUGUGGCCCAUUCACUGAUGAUUGGAGAAUGCAUUAUACCUUUUAGGAGACAAAUCUUAUACCACCAACAGUUCAAAUACAUCCCUUUGAUAAAUUUCACUCAACAUGAACAGGUAUCUGCCAUGAAAGAGAUCUCUUCCAGUUAUUUUCAUUUGAAUGAGCUGAUGUCUUUAGGUGAAGAAGUUGUAGAAAUGUUCUUUUUAAAGUGCCAGUUGAUUGAGUCGACCUAGAGAAGUGGGUGAAACUGAAAAUGUGCAUUGCUUCUUAUUUUAUUUGAAGGUUACUUAUUGAAGCAUUACUGUCAGAUAAUCUGAUUUAAUGUUAAAGAAGUCAAUAACAUGUUGAGUUCAAUGACUCUUGUUAGUCUGUACAGUCAAAGUCUCUCAUUUUGUGUCAUUUUAAUUUAUUGGUGUGGAUGUGGGUUUCCCAAAAUCAUGCUGUUAAUCAGUUUGUCAAAUUCUCUUAAAGCCUAUUCAUGGAGGAAUAUGAUCUAAGUAAUAAAAUGCCUUUGGGAAACCCAGCCUAUACAUGAUGUAAAGAUGUACAGAGAGGGUCGGGGCGGUUUGUCCACACCCAGGAUGUAAACCUCAUAACUGUCAUAUUAUAAAUACACAUGGAACAAGACUGCAGCAAUGUCAUUUGAAUGUCUUAUUAUGACUUAUUUUUACUUUUGCAUGUAUAUUUCUUUGUACAGAAAAUCGUGUUUACAUGUUACUAAGUGUUGUAAAUAUUUUAUUUUGUCCUGUUAUUUUGCCAUUAAACGUACAAG